GAGUGCAACCAUUUUGUGCCCAGGAGGGGCUCGCCUAUAAAUAUCACACUUCUAGUUCAAGGAUUUCCACCAAUCUCCACUCGAGUAAACAUCAGAAAGUCAAAACAUAAUUCAUGGCGGUCUCAACCUCCUCUGUUGAUUUCUCGGUGAUUCGCCGGGAACCGGAGCUCGUGGCCCCGGCGAAACCCACGCCGCGGAAAUUAAAGCCGCUAUCCGAUAUUGACGACCAAGAAGGGUUCCGGUUUCAGAGCCCUUUAAUACUGUUUUAUGGGAACAAUCCGUCGGCGAUUGGAGAUCCGGCGAAGGUGAUUAGGGAAGCUCUGGCGGCGGCGCUGGUGUUUUACUACCCACUCGCCGGCAGGCUCGUGGAAGGGCCUAACCGGAAGCUCAUGGUGGACUGUACCGGCGAAGGGGUUCUGUUCAUCGAGGCUGACGCCGACGUCACCCUGGACGAGCUCGGCGACGAAAUAAUGCCGCCGUGUACCAAGUUGGAAGAGCUUCUGUACAACGUGCCUGGCUCCGACGGCAUCAUUGGUUGCCCUCUGCUCUUGUUUCAGGUCACGCGGUUAAAAUGCGGUGGGUUCAUUAUAGCAUUGCGCCAAAAUCACACAGUGAGUGAUGCAUUUGGAAUGGUCCAGCUCUUGAACACGAUUGGCGAGAUGGCAAAAGGCAAAUCCAUGCCCUCUGUACUGCCCAUUUGGCAACGUCACAUCUUCAGCGCUCGACACCCACCCAACACUACAUGCUCUCACCAUGAAUACAUUAAUCCAUCGACGGUGGCUGAAUCAAAGAUCAUGCUACCAACAAACGUCGAGGUCCAAAAGUCUUUCUUUUUUGGGCCCAAAGAGUUGAAAUCCCUCCGAAGACAACUCCCGCCCCUUCUCCAAGCUUCCUCCACAUUUGAGUUGCUUACUGCUUGCCUCUGGAGAUGUCGCACUGCUGCACUCCAGCUUCACCCCCGCGAAGAGGUUCGCGUUUCAUGCGUUGUUAGCGUAAGAAAAAAAGGAAUGAUGCACGUUCCCCGUGGGUUCUACGGAAAUGCAAGUGCAUGGCCGGCACAAGUUUCCGAGGCACAGUUGCUAUGUAGAAACCCACUGGGGUAUGCAGUGGAGCUAGUAAAGAAGGCCAAGGCGCAGAUGAGUGAAGAGUACAUAAAAUCCGUGGCUGAUCUCAUGGUCAUUAGGGGAAGGCCUAUGUACAUAGAGACGAGAAACUUCCUUGUUUCCGACACAACAAUUAUAGGGUUUGGCAAGGUGGAUUUGGGGUGGGGGAAGCCGAUUUUUGCUGGGCCUGCAGCAGCAGUGUCUAUUAUUAGCACCUACGCGAGGUAUAGGAAUAGGAAGGGGGAGGACGGAAUUGUGGUGCCCAUAAUCUUGCCACAACCAGUCAUGGAGAGGUUUAUAGAGGAGAUAAGGAAAAUAACUCAAGAUCAACCUUUGAUAGGUUCAUGUGAUGUUCCUUCCACCAUCGUAUCCAGAAUUUAAGUAGGUUCAUAAAUUAACUGGCUAGUAAGCCUUUGCAUUGUACUAAUGGAUGUGGGGAACCAAUAUGCAUUGCGUACUAGUAAGCCUUUGUAUUGUAUUAGUGGAUGUGGGGAACCAAUGUGCAUGGCGUGCCUUACUUGUGAAAAGCAUUGGAUGUGAGCUAUUUGCAAGUCUUUCUUUCCACAAGUAACUCCAGCAGGAGUACUAAAAGUUUGGUUUAUUUCAAUUAAAUUUGCACGUCCUAAAUUGAUCCAA